AUGUGGCAUUUGUUGCAGCCGUUGCAGAAACGCCAGAGAACCGUGGAGGAUUUCAACCAGUUCUGCACCUUCGUUUUGGCCUACGCAGGUUACAUCCCCUACCCUGAAGAGCCCUGGACUCACAGAGGCAGCAUGAGUCCCCAGAACAGCACAGGGAGUACUCAGGACAGUGAUAGCUGGGCCUCGUCCCACUCCUCUGACUGCCACAUCCUGAUGGAUGACAGGAGGAGCAGCUUCUAUGACGUCCAGCCCCAGCAAACCAAACGGAAGAAACCACCAGCAAAGAAACUCGUUUUGGAGCAGGAGGUGGAGAAUAGCGUGCCACUGAGUGUGGGGAAGGGCUUUGGGGCAGAGCAGGAUGAGGUGAAGGAGCCGGCUGUGCUGGAGGGACAGCUGCCUCCUGUGAAAGAGCAGCUCUUGGAGCCUUCCCUCAACCUGGCUGGGGACACCCAGCCCAGCUCCCUCCUGGAGGAGCUGAUGAAGGCCGAGAAGGACUGGAUGCAUGGAGCGCAGGGGACCGAGAAGCCAGCAGGAGAUGAUCCUCAGCUAAAGGAGCAUGACCCCUGCUCUGGAGGGAGGAAAAGCCCCAGUACCUGCAGUACCUUGGACCAAAGCGAAGGGGAAGAUGUGAGCCGAGGGAGCUCACAGCUUAGUGCGGUCGAAUUCCCAGCAGCUCCCAACACCAAAGCAGAAGACGACGACGCCUGGGAUCUGAUCACCUGCUUCUGCUUGAAGCCCUUCGCGGGGAGGCCCAUGAUCGAAUGCAACGAAUGCGCUACCUGGAUCCACCUCUCUUGUGCCAAGAUCCGCAAGUCCAACGUGCCUGAGGUUUUCAUCUGCCAGCGCUGCCGCGACGCCAAGCAGGAGAUUCGCCGCUCGAACCGAGCGCGGACGGUGCCCCGCAAGCGCUUCUGUGACUGA